AUGGAAACAGCCUUGAAUCAUUUAUUGUGUUACGGACAACGUGUUCCAACAGCCGCUUCACCUAGUAACACGAAUUCAAGCAGCUCGUCAAACACAGGAUCACAAAGCGGUACAUUGAGUACAAGUUUGAGCAACACAAAUACAAACAAUACAAUGGGUCCGAGCACCACGCCCCAGCAAACAGAGCAACUUUCGAAAACAAAUUUAUACAUUAGAGGUUUACAACAGGGAACGACUGACAAAGAUUUACACAAUAUGUGUUCACAAUAUGGAAACAUCAUUUCAACUAAAGCCAUUCUAGAUAAAACAACCAAUAAAUGUAAAGGUUACGGUUUCGUUGACUUUGAGUCACCAGCAUGCGCUGAAGGCGCUGUUAAAGGCCUCUUGGCAAAGGGCAUUCAAGCUCAGAUGGCCAAAGUGGGUAUCUGGGUACUUCAUAGGCCGGCCAUUCAGCAACAAGAACAGGAUCCCACCAAUUUGUAUCUGGCUAACUUACCUUUGACUUUUAAAGAGACCGAUGUCGAGCAGUUAUUGGCUAAGUAUGGUCAAGUGAUUUCAACUAGAAUAUUGCGUGAUCAGCAAGGCACAUCGAAAGGUGUGGGAUUUGCUCGUAUGGAAUCACGUGAAAAGUGUGAACAAAUUAUUCAAAUUUUCAAUGGAACGCAAUUGCAAGGCGCCAAAGAUCCAUUGCUAGUGAAGUUUGCUGAUGGCGGUUCAAAGAAGAAGAACAAUUUUAAGAGCCCAGAUCCUAAUGCUCGAGGAGCUUGGCGUGAAGUGACUGAAGGAGUUCAAGUCGCUUAUGAUCCAUCGAUGCAACAAAAUGGUAUUGGAGUUAAUGUUGGCGCUCAUAUUGGUGUUCCAGCUUACGGUCGCUAUGGAACUCCACAAGUAGGAGGAUUUGCAAUGCCUGGUUACGUUCCCGGCUACAUGAUGGCACAGCCACUUCAGCAAGUUGACGAUCAAUAUAUGCACGUCGCCCCACAGUUAAGUGUCGGCGCAGCUUACAAACCAGAUGCCGUACAACCGCGUGGAGUCUCAAUGAUUAUGAGUAGCGAUUCUGCAGCUGUUCCAUAUGGAAUGGUUCCACAAUUUUCAACAUUGCAAAUUGGAUCAUCGCAGUACAUUAGUCCUCCAUAUCCAUACUAUCCACCAUCCAUUAUUCAUACCAUGCAAAUGGGUGAAUCGGAGCAUGCCAGCAAUGCUGCAUCGCCCGACGAAGCUUACACUCAAUAUCAGCAUGGCCCAAAGUAAAUUUGAAUUCAAUUCAUCCCUUCGUCAGAUAAAAAAACCAUUUCUCGCUUCAAACACUUCUUUUUAUUUUAUAAAUUGAAUGACAACAUUUAAAUAAGAAAUUCUUGAAAGAAGAAACAAAAAAAAAUCUUUUCAUCAUUCAAAGUUUUUGUGUUUUCUCCCAAAUGAGAGAGAAAUAAAAAAUCAAGUCUUAACUUUUAAGGAAACCAAAAAGAGGGAGAGAUGUUUAGAACUCAGUUGAUGGACAAAAAUAAAAAUAUAAGAUACCAGAUUGGCCAAACUGAUACCUCACUUUUUUCUGUUUAAUAAACCAUUUGAAAUCUCUAUGAGGGUCACACGAUAAAAGUCAAAUCGAUUUAACCAUGAUGAGACAAAAAAAGAAGAAAUGAAAAGAAAAAUUGUAAACAAAAAGAAAAAAAUUUAUUUGCAUCUUAAAUGGAGCGGAGAGUCACAAAGAAGAAAAGGAAAGAAAAAAUUAAGUCCCAUCCCUUUAAUGUAUCACAUCCUAAGCACUUGAUAAUGGAUCUUUUGUUCAUUGUCAACUGUGUCGGAGUAUUUAAGUGAAUGAGAAUGAAGUUAAGAAUUUUUCGCGUAGGUGUUAAGUAAUUUUUUUUUCUUUUCUUGUCGUUGUUUUAUUAAUUAGUUUUCAAGGUUUUUUCCUAUUCGAAACAAACCAGAAUUUAGCUUCUAAGAUAAGAAAAAAAAGUAGUUAUUAAGUAAAAAAAGAAGAAUGCGUAGGCGUAGAUGAACUUUGUUUUUCGUUCGAUGAAUGAAAAAUCGUUCUUUUUCUAGAAUUUUUUUCUUAGAGAUUAUUCAAUAAGUCUAGCCAUUAAGAUUGAAUGAAGACAGAUGCUCAUGAAAAGAAAAGCUUUGUAUAUAAGACAGUAGUGAGUGCUCCAGCUAGUGGACACAAAAAUAGUUAUGUUGCGUGACGCAAAGAAAAAAAAAAGUUGAGACGAGACGCUAAGAAAACAUUAGGAAUUUAAAAUGAAACUUUGGGGACACUGAGGGACUAGUAAACCAAGUUUUUUUUUGCUGUAAGAUUAAGUUAGAUGAAAAUUUAGUAAUUGAGAUGAGGUUUAGUAGGAAAAAAAUUAGAUUACAAAGGAAAAAAAAUCAUAAGAAUCAAACAACAAAAAAGUAUUGCGAGUAGCGUUGGAAAGAAUUUUCAAUGGAUUCCUUUUGAGUCCAUUUAAACCAAAAAAACACAAAAAAGAAAAAAAAAUGUAAGAAGAAACUGAAUAUGGAGAUGAUCGCUCUUCCAACAAGAACAGUGGGAAAUCAUUUUAGAAUUGAAAUAAAACAAAAAGUAAAUGGGGUUUGUGCAAUUAUUUUUCUUUUCACGCAAACUAAUUUGCGAUUAGUUCCAAUUAGCUUGUUGUUUAAGAAUGAGCUGUUGCAACUGACCCAAGUUAAAUUGAUUUUCUUUUCAACUCAACUUUCGACCUUUGUUACCAAAAAAAGAAUGAAAAAGCAAUUCACAUUUUAUUUCUCUUUUUUUUAUUUGUUAUUAUUUACUCAUCGUGAUUGAUUAUUGAUGAGAAAAGAAAAAAAUUUAUUGACUAUUUAACAUUAACACACAUAAUCGACUGGUGCCGCCACCACGAACGGAAACCGAUGAAUAAAGAUGAUGAUUAUUACUAUAGUUGGAUUAAAUAGGAAGAUUUAUUGGAACUAAUUGGAGGCUGCCAUAAAAUUAAACGCCGAGCGUUUAUCGAAGGAUUUGAUUUGUUCUCAAUGAGAUGAGAACUUUUUCUUAAGUUUCAAUCUCAGAAGAAAUCAUCAUUAUCAGUUAGAAAGAUGAAUGAAAAUGGAAAAGUAAAUUGAUGCAAUUAGUAAGAAGCGUUAUAUCAAAAAAAAAAGAAAGAAAGAAGAAUAAAAAGAUAGAAAGAAAAAGUUCGCCUUCACUUAAUUGCCGUUGUUUCUGAGAUGGACUUUUAUUGUAAACUGAAAGGAAUCGAUUGCGGUUUUGCACGUGAUAAUGUUGAAUUGUAUUUCGAUAUAGCCGAAAGGUGGAAAGUCGAUGGCCAAAUGGGGGUUAUUGAAGCAGAAAUAUUUUCCACUUCUCACAUUCUCCCAUCCUUCGCAAAAAUUCGCCGACCUUCUCACGUAAUCGUGAAAAACUUCUAUGGAACGCAAAGUCCGCCUCUCCAGUUUAUCGUUUCGGAGAUAUUUAUUAUCAUUAUGUUCAAGGGAGACAUCCAUAAAGGAAUAGUAAAUGUCUGUCGUGGGAAAACCGUGGAGGAUGUUUAUAGAGUGCGUGGGUGGAAAUAGAGAAUGAAAAAUAAACAGUUGAAAUCUAGUCUUUUCACUUUUUUUAACAUUUAAUAUUUUUUUUUGUUUAUUUGUUUUAUAUAGUUGUGUUGGCUUUUUUUAAAAAAUAUUUAUAGAUCCACACAAUGAUGAAAAAUUAAUUAGAUUAAAUUUAAUUUAUAAUGAGAAAGAAAUGAAAUUAAAUUAUGCUAAAGUGCUGCUGAAAAAAAAACUAAGUUAGGAGAAAUGGGCGAUGAAGAAAAUAAAAGAAAAAUGUAAUUAAAAUGAAUUGAAGUUUUAUGGUUGAAAGACGGCAUAAAAACUAUUUAAUUAUCUUGGUGAGUCAGGCGCUGAUGGAACAUCGGUUAGUUAUGUUGAUGACAUGUGCCAGUUGUACAAAGUCACAUACACACGCAGACCCUGAGAGGAAAAAUUAUUUCAUUUUAAUUUCUUGUGAUUUAAUUAAAAAAAUAAAAUAAAAAAGAAAUAAAAUUAAAAAUGAAAGCUUUUGUUAUUUCCAAAAAUAUAAAAUAAAAAAAGAAGAAUGAAAGCAUCAUGCGGAAAAGGAAAAUUUAAUUUUCAUCUCGAUCGUUUUUACGAUCUAUUGUGAUGCACUUUUGUGCAUUAUAUGCAUUCAAAUAAUGAAAAUAAAACGAAUAAAAAGUAUGAUAUUUUAAAGGGUCGUUAAUCUGUGGCAGCGAGUGAAAUAGUUCCUGCACUUUUUUUCGUUCCUUCCUUAAAUGCGCUUUCCAGUUUCGUGUUCGUUUUCAACUCGCUGCAAGGUUUUAACGACACUUUCCUGUCUCACCUUCAUACAUUAUAUAUUAUACAAAAAGAAGUAUAUGUAUGUAUAGAAAAGAAUACAAAUUUUUACAUGGAAAACAUCACAAAACGUCGUAGCACAUACUUGAACAUCACAUUCCAUUUUUUUAGAAUCGCUCGGUUAGGAAUUUCAUUUCCGAUUUAUCUUCUUCCCUUUCUCAAAUAAUCUUUCUUUCGACUCUACUUUUUCGAGGAAAUACUUUGUAAGUGCUUAAAAAAUUCAGAAAUAGAAAGAAGAAGAAAAUUCCAUUAUCACUCGGCAAACUUUCACGUUUGACGCUUAACUAUUUUGCUCAAUAUUUCAAAAAGAGUGCAAUAAGUGUGAAUAUUUCAUUGAAAACUUGAGGAAUCACUACUCAGAUCAUCAUCGCCCCCCACCACUCACUAUUAAAUACCAUAACACGUAAAAAAGGACUAAAACUAAAAGCUCAAAAGCCUUUCCUAUCUGACCUUUUUUCUAUACACUUGAGAAAAGGUUAUUUGUUGUAAAGGAGGAAAAAAAAUUAUAUAAAAACGUAAAAGAUAAAGUGAAGAAGAAAGGAAUCCACGAACUUGAAUGAUGAGAAAAAUUUGUGCCUUUUACACAAAUUUUCGGGAAAAUGAAAAUAUAUGCAAACAUGUAAACACAAAUAUUAUUCGAGACGGAAAUAAAAUCUUAUUCUAAGCAGAUAAAGGGAGGACGAAUAACAAUAAAAUAAAAAAAGAACGACGGAAACAUAAAAAUCUUGAAAAUUAAAUUGACAAAAUUUUUACUAUGAAAAUACUUAGAAAGAAGGAAAAGAGCAGAAAAGAUUUAAUCUUCUCUCUCAACUUGAAACUUAUCUAUAAAACAUCCACCACAAAUACACAACAUAUAUUCAUCACGAAAGAAAAAAAAUGGAAUUGGUCAAAGACAUUCAGAUAUUGUUGGCAUCGGGGAAUCUGUAGAUUUUUCAUCAAACACAUAAAAAGAAAACUAAUAAUAAAAAUAAUAGAAGGAAAAGUUUAUGAAUCUUAAUUCAAAUUUGAAAGAAAAGAUGACAUAUGUUUAUACGAAUUAUAUUCCAUUGCAUUCCAUCUGAAAGCAAAUGAAACAUUGCGAUCAUCAAAUGAUACGCUGAAAUGUGAGUGUUACAAUUUCAUUGAAAAUGUUCAUCCAUUUACCUCUAUCUCAAGAAAGAACAAAUUUAAUACUUUAUAGGAUAAUUUAUAAAUUGAGUUGUCGAAUUUUUAAUAUUGAUGAAAAGAAGAAGUCUAUAGAAAAUUUCAUUAAAGUUUGUUUCACAUUUUAUUUAACAAUUUUGAAUUAUUUUCAUUUCGUUAGACUUGAAUUUGAUUUGAAAAGAAGAAAGAAGGAAAAUUUUUUUUUUGUUUCUUAUUUUAAAAUCAAAUUCAAUCGUGAGAGAACUAUCCAAAAAUCUAAUCCACAUAAAAGCUAUGAGAAGAGUAAGAGAAUAUAUUUUUUGUUACAUAAGAACCGAUGAUUUAUUGACGAGGCAUAUGUAAGAAAAAAAAGAUGAAUCAAACUCGUAUACAAUAAAAGAUAAUGAAAUGACUGAGACAAAAAAUAAAAAAAUAAAUUAAAUAACAAUUUAAAGUUAUGCGGAUAAGAAACUUGUGAAAAUUAACACAAAUUUAUCCUUGGACGUGAAUCACAUCAUCACUCGUGAAGAUUUUAACGUAAAAUCGAUGAGAAAAAAAACUUUAGUGACUUAAAAAAUCAUCAAAAAUCAUUCGUCGCUUUGAUUUUUAAAUCUAAAGUUUCUUGGAAUUAAAUGUUAUUAUACCAAUUUUAAAAGAUUCUUUGUGACAUUUCGUUAGCAACAACCUUCCUGUAAGUCGUAAAAAGCAUAAAAAUAACACCCGGAAAAGAAACUUUGUCGCGAGAGAUAAAAUGCAGAAAUACGGAUUAAAACACUCAUAAAGUUUCAAGCACUCUAGAAAAUGGAAAAUGACUUUUCAUUUACUUUUCACAUUUUCCAAUUUGACUAGAAAGAAAAAUGUUUAAAUUCAAUCUAGAAGUCGAUUUAAUAGAGAAUGUAUGAGAAAAGAAAUAAAAGCAAACAGGAAAGCAUUUUUUAGGGAUUUGUGGAAAAGAAAAUGAAAUUUUUCUAGACUUUUAAGAAAAUGAAAACUUUAGGAAAUAAAUUAGUGAUUAUAAGAGCAUCCAGAAGGUGAAAAUCUUUUGUUUUGUGUUUAAAUUUCUCAAAUGACGAAAAAAAGAAAUGUUUCUCUAGGCUUAAGGAAAAAAACAUUUUGUUUUUCUUUCAUUAGAUAAUAAGAAAAUUUUCUGCUCUUUAUGACACAAUUUGAAUGGAAAACAAAAAUUUUCUUCAUCAUCAUCAUCAAAAAUGCUUUUUUUGUCAAUCAAGUGACGCAAGAUAUUUUCUUACAUUCUUUGACAGCAAGUUUCAUCGAAGCAUCGUCAUAACUAUUUGUCAUUUUGUAAAAGGAGAUUGGCUUCGAUAAUUUACUACAAAACUCGCCUCACAUUGAUGAACAAAUCACUUUGAAUGUGAAAUAAAACAUAAAUGAAUUCAAGAAACGGAAAAAAAGUAUUUCAUUUAAAGUAUGUUCCAGUACGCGCGGGCUUCCACCUUAAAUGAAUGUAUUUUGAGAAAUAAAACAAAAGAACUAAAUGUCAAAGAAAUGAAAUCUUUUAAAAUUUCGUUCAACAUAUUUUCGCUGUCGAUAUUUGAUCAAAAGAGAAUAAAAUAAAUAAAUCCAUAAGAGGAACAAGUCAUUUGUAAACAGAUUUUGUCAUGAUCCAAAAAAGCAAAGAUUCUCGCUUGAGUUUCUCAAAUAUUUUUUUCUUUGAAAGAGUUUUUCCAAUACACACAAAAACAAAAAUUAAUGCAUAAAGAAAAGUUGAAAAAUCGCCCCCACAUACAAGAAAAAUAAUAAAAAUCUGUUUUUUUUUCAAGGUUCUCAAUGAACUUCUACUGAAAAAAAAAUUCUAUUUUUUAAGAAUUUAGAUGAAGAAAAAUGAAAAUCUUUUAUAGGAUCUAAGUAUUAAUGAAAAAAAUUGCUGAGCGUCUUUUGAAUAAAUAGAUAAAGGAAGAAACGUCUUAAAGAAAGCGACGAUAAACAAUGUCAGAGCGUAAUGAAGAGAAAGAAAAAAAGAAAUCUAGUGAGUAAUGUUUAGGAUUCUUAGCUAUUAGAAGAAUGAAUAAUAAUGCAAGAAUGUAGGACUUUAGUUUUAUAUUUAAAUGACAAGUCGCAAGCAAAAGUUGCUGAAAAGGACAACAAGAAAAAGAAAACAAGUGUUAUAAAAGUUUUUCAAUGAUUGAUGAGUAGGAAAUGUUUUUCUCUUUUUUUUUUGUUUUUGGGUUGCAUAUCAUCCCCCCUAAGAUAAAAAGAAAGAAAUGAUGCUUCGCAUUACGUCUCAGUAAUUCGAUUGAAGCACUUUGAAAUUGUUUCCUUUUGUUUUUAUUUUAAAUUCUCUUUGUAUUUCUGCUUAUUCGAUUUAAAAUCUCUUGAACACACAGCUAAAAAAAGCUUAGGUUAUAGGUAGUUACGACGAUAAGAAAAAAUAUGAAUGAUGAAUGAAAAGAAAAUCAACAAUUUAAGUCAUAAGUAGUUAGGUUUAAAAUAAAAAAAAAAGUGGAUGAAACAUCUUUUUCAGUGUGCUAAUGAAUAUAAAAGAAAAGAGAAUAAGGAAAGAAAUUGGAAUUGACGACAACUUUUUCGCAUAAUUUUUCAUCGUUUUUCUCCCCUUUCCAAUGUCCCUUGAAAUGUUCGAAAAAGCCGCGAGGCGAGGCCUUUGACCCUCGCGAUAUUCUCAAAUACGCCGUUUCUUGAAAUUAAAUAUCUCAUAUUAAAAUGGGCCUUAAAAACUGCCAGCGAGAACAAACACAAGAAAAACUAAUAACGAUGGUAAACCUAACAAAAUAUUUAUAAAAAAUAUUAAAGAAAAUGAGAUUAUUAUUGAAGAAAUAUAUAUUUCUAUUUUUGUAUUGAGAAUCAUGUUAUUCAAGUGAAAUAAAAAAAUAAAUAAUUCUAAAAAAUAUUGGACGAUGAACGGACGUGGGUAAAAGGAAAGUCACGAAAAUCUUUGAUGGAUUAGAUGCUGGAAAAUGCUGAGCGACUUUUUUUUAUAUUUCGAGGGAUUUUGGGUAGGCCCUAAGGCGGAGAAAAAAUUAUGCGACGAUUUUGUGGUGUUUCGGGUUUGGCAAAGAUUAAAAGAAAGCGAAAAGAAAGAAAAAGGACCAUGAGCUAAAGUUUCAUGACCGAAAGCAAAAAAGAAAACUAAAUAAAAUUUUGCACUCGAGAGACGCAAAUAAAUUUUAUGCAAAAAAAGAAAAUGGAAAGCAUGAACGCAUGAUAAAAAAAUUGAAGAAAUCUUUCAAGAAAUUAGAGUUUAAGUCCCAUCCUCUCAGAUUUAAGAUUUAAAAUGUUAAAAAUGAAAUGAAACAUUGUUUUUUCCUUCACUUUUUCUUCUUGUUUUUGAAAAAGUGAAAACUUUAUUUUGAGGAAAAUUGCUUUUUUGUAAAUCUUAAGUCAAAGAGAAAAACUUCAAAAUGAAUAAAAAAAAAGUCAAAAAACAAAAUCCAAUAACU